GGCUGCAGCCUGCCCCGCGCCCCUCCACCGCGACCCGGCCACUGCGGGUCCGAGCCGCCGUCAAACUUUUGUGUACAUCCGCACGUCACCUGGACUCGGACAUAAAUUUGGCAUCCUAUGCAAAUGUAUGCUGACGUAAAAGAUCAUGUGGUUGUAGUCGUCGAUCCCCCCUAUGAGCAGCGAGCAGGUUCCACUGUCUUUAGGUUAGCUAUGCUACAGUCUUUACUGUACCCGCGCUAGCUAUAUGCGCCCCGCGCCGCCCGCUCCGGAUCCCGGGGAAUAACCGCCUCGCCGCCGCCCGCCGCCGGAGCCUCCUGUCAGAUCCCAUCGGAGAUUACCCAGAGUGCCGCUGGCCUGAGGCUCGUCCAGAGAGAGAGAGAGAGAGCGACAGAUCGAGCUGGACGCGCAGUUAUCGCAGGAGGAGGUGGAGCCUCUCCACGAGCCCCACCCAAACCAGUGAAGAAGCUCCUCCCCUCUGAGGAAGUGCACUUGAGCACCGCUGCUGUCUGUGAUGCUAUCCCAUGACGCCCAGGUCAGUAGCUGACACUGCCAGUGAGCGGGAGACGCCACUGCACACCCGGUCCUGGGCCGGCAGCAUUAGCCGGUUCUCGCCCUCCCUCUCUCACGCUGGAGACGCCACCUCCACCCACCUUCCAGUAUCCACAACCAUCAGCUCCGAUCCACCCCAGUAAGACCCCCUCACACACCGACACGCUGACGUCCUUGGAAAGCACCAGCAGCAGCAGCAGCCAAAAAUCACAAUAUCUUCAACGCAAUCAGCAACACCAUCACCAACACUGUCACCAGCAGCCACCAUGUCCAGUCGUAGAAAGUCCUCCACCCCCUGCAUGGUUCGGGUCGUUCCUGACCUGCCUGAAGAGCGAGAUGAAGCGGAGGAGGUGAUGGAAAUAUCGACGGACAAGUCCGAGUCACCUGAAUGUGCAGAAAAGAGUCAAGUCGCCGAGCAGGAGAAACCAGAGGAUCCAGACCAGCAGACAUUUCCAAAUCCAGAGGAAAAGCAAACUCCUGAGCCAUUAGAGCAAGAGCAGCAGUCGGGUAAAGAAGACCGACCCCCUGUCAUUGAAGAUGUAGAAGCCAGAGAAGAGAAGGAUGGGGAAGAGGCUGAAUCUGACCCAACAUCCCAGAAAAAGCUGCCCAGAGGUUACGAGUGCAAAUACUGCCCGUUUUCCACCCAGAACCUGAAUGACUUUAAAGAGCAUGUGGACUCGAGCCACCCUAACGUCAUUCUCAAUCCGUUGUACCUUUGUGCUGUCUGCAACUUCAACACCAAGAAGUUCGACUCACUCACAGAGCACAACGACAGCCAGCACCCGGGCGAGACUAACUUCAAGUUCAAGAGGAUAAAAGAGAACAAUCAGACGAUCUUAGAGCAGACAAUCGAAGGCAGGGACAACUCAGUCGAAUGCGAAGCGACAAAUGAACAAGGUGAGAGCAGCAACAGUUCCGUGUUUCCACCUUGCAUCUCUACCACGUUGAAAACCCCCGACAAUAUCCAGUCGCUCUAUCGAGGAGGCGACCUGAAGAGCCGGCUGGAUCAGAUCACGGCGGUCAACAUCAACGGAACCGUCAUCAUCCCUGAACCCACCAUCCUCCAAGGGCUCUCCCACGUCAGCCCGAUGCUCCAGCGCCCGCCCAACUUCAACUCUGUACCAAAAAUAGCUGUUCCCUUGAACACUACCAAAUAUAACCCUUCUCUAGAUGACAACCUGACAUUGAUCACCUCCUUCAACAAAUUCCCUUACCCCACCCAUGCUGAGCUGUCCUGGCUCACAGCUGCUUCCAAGCACCCGGAGGACCAGAUCAAAGUGUGGUUCACCACCCAGCGCCUGAAGCAAGGCAUCACCUGGUCCCCGGAGGAGGUGGAGGAAGCAAGAAAGAAAAUGUUCAAUGGUUCCUUCCCUCCUGCCCAUCCCAUGUUCACCAUCCUCCCUACAAGCUCUCAGCCGUCUGCCAAAGCCUCCCAGCAGCAGCCCAUUGUCCACACCACAGUGGCACCUUCAGGUCAUGUCCGGACGACCACGUCCAAUGGGUUUAGUGUAGUCACCACCACAAGCUCUCCAGCUGGGGUCGCAAUCUGCUCCACCCUUAAACGAACCCUACCAGCACACCUGACGACGCUGUGUGGCCCAGAGUCUAAGCGACCCAUUAUGGCAGUCGCCCCCCAUUCUGGUGACCCUAAAGACAGGGGCCUCAUGGCUCCUCCUCCACCCCCUCCACCCCAGAAAGACCACUUCCCAAUGGCCCCACCUCCUGUUCCCAUGGAGAUGAAGAGGCCAUCCGUGCCUUUAAUGCCCCCCCCAUCAUCAUCACCAUCAUUGUUGUCCAAAGGGAAGAUGCUCUCAACAUUAGGAAGCCCCAAAUCAAAGCCAGUGAUGUCACGGCCCUCCAUUGUCUUUUCAGAUUCCUUAACAAGGCGGAUGAUGGCUCCCCCGCCUAUCUUUGCCCCUCCGUUUAAAAAAUCCUUAUUCCUUCCUCGUGCCCUGCCCAUUGCUUCCAAAGAAAAGCACCCAAACACCCACCCUUUGCCAGCUUCUGAUUUGAAGUUGCCAAACUCCCCUCCACUCAUUACCCCCCAGAUAAGGAGGCCGACCAUUAUUCAGUCCAUUCGUGCUCCGGCUAAAGCCCCACCACAGAUUCUAGGGUUUAGCCUGGAUGGUAAGAAACUAAAAGAGCAGCAAGGAGUGGAGCUGAAAGCCAGCUACCCCAGAGGGGACAAGGUACUGACGCCUCUGACAGAGGCCAAUGGAACGUCUCGCACUGACGGUAAAUGGCCUCAUCAUCAGACCUCUGCUCUUUACAACAAUGGAGGGAUACAUAUGAAACCAGAUUUUCAGCAGAAGUCCUCAGUGCUGACCCAGUUUCCUUUGCUGGAGAGAAUGAAAGGAAAAACGGCUGAACAGCUGAAGAUCUUGGAAGAGAACUUCUUGAGGAACAGCUUCCCCACACACAGCGAUGUGGACAGUCUGUCAGCCAACACCCGCCUGUCUCACCGGGAGAUCGACAGCUGGUUCGUGGAGCGCCGCGCGCUACGCGACAACCUGGAACAAGCACUUAUCAACUCCAUGGGCACUAAGAGGAUUGGGGUGGGGGGCAUCGCUGCCCUCACUGACAAACAACUACAUCAGCAGCAACACCAAACCCUGAAGCUGAAUGGGAUUCAUAAACCGAGCAUCGGUGCCGGCCAUCUUAAAAGCCCUCUGCUACCUUCGCACACUCUGCCCAUCAUCUCCCCCGGUACCAUUGCCCCCCCCGUCCCCAACCCGAACCCCUGCUCAGUGCCUCCAGACAGCCGAUCCCUGGCGCUCCUCAAGGACGAUUUUGCUCAAACACGGUGGCCUUCCCCUGAGGAGUUAAACCAGCUGGAGGGUCGGACAGGACUGGCUCGGGCCGACCUCGCCCGCUGGUUCAACGACAGUCGGCUGCAGAGCGGCAGCAUGGACCUGACAGAACUUUUUAACAACAACGGAGUAAAUGGAGGACAGGGGGCGCCUGUGUGUUCCCCUGAAAAUGCUCCCUCCAGCAUCAUCCAGCGCUGUCAGGAAGGAGCCAUAACAAACAGCAGCAGCAGUAAGGUGCUGGAGCUGGAGCUGGGCUGGUUGAUGGAGCAGCGCGCCCACGGCCUCAACAGCCAACAGCACGACGACGUCCACGACCGCUUUGCUGGAAGACUGAGGCAGCAGAACGUGGCGGAGUUGAAGAACGGGGGACAGAACGGAGGAGUGGUCGGAGGAGCGCGGGAGGUGUUCAGGAGCUGGCUGGAGGACGGACGCUCGAGGAGAGGACGGGAGCUGCUCCUGGACAGAGAGAGGAAGAUGGCGGAGGACGCGUCCGGGAGGCUGACUGGAUGAAACGGUGCAAAUAGGAUUUGCCGCCAUCGCUGCUGCUGGAAACAGAAGAAAAGAAAAGAACGGAGCAACAACAGAAGUUUUUUAUUCAGAUAUUGUUUUUUCCCUUUUUUAUUUUUUGCCGAUGUUUUACCUUUUGAUUGUCGCACUGCAGAUCACGCACAACAUCCUUCUCCGUCACGGUGGAGGCGACGUCGUGGUCGUUUCCUCUGUUCAUGAGUUUGAAAAGCACCAGGCCUCUGGGGUGGAAGACUUUAGGAUUUUAUUUUGGCGAGGUUCAGAUGAUUAGUCUGAUCCCUCAGAUUAGUGAUUUUAGUUCAUUUCACAAUAAGAUUUCAAAUCUUCAGUCUGUUCGAGUCGAGUCUUCUUCAGACCUCGUCAGUUAAUCAUCGUCACGUGACCUCGUGCACACGCCCACUAACAAAACCAGGUAGAGUGAGAGCAGCCGACCAAUCAGGGCAGCCUGGGGGUCUUAAAGAGACGGGUUUGAGACAGAGGCUGAAGAGAGGAGCUGCAGCGAUGAACCGUCUGAGGAAAGUGAUUCUGAACAUUAGAGCAUGAAAACAUUUUACAGUCAUAACUCUCAUUAAAUGAUCAAACUCAAUAUGAACAGAAUCUUUUCCCUUUAACAUGAAACACGUCCGUCAUGUUUUCCUUCUAGUUUCUUCGUCUGAGCUUCGACUGCAGAUCUUUUAAUCUCCUCUUCGUCGUCUUCUAUAUUUUGGGGGAAGUUCGGUGUAAAUUUAAUUUGUUGGUUUAAAUAAAUAUUACCACUGAUAGAAAUAUGAAUUAAUCAUAAUUAAUCCCAAACCGUCCUCUCAGAGUGAACCUUGAUUUGUUUUAGUCCUGAUCGAAACUUCCCCUUUAAGAGGAAGCGGGGGGGAUUAGCAGGUCGUGAACCGACGGGCGGACAUUUGUGUCCGAGGUGAUGUUGUGCGUGACCUGCGUUGCCGUGGAGAUGCGAGGACGAACCGGAGCACUGAACGUGUGCCUGCAGCGGCCGACACAUCGACCAACCGAGAGGCUGGAUUUCAAACAAACAAACAAACAAGGAAAAUAACUUAUAAAAAACACAACGCCGAGUGCCAAAGCUGGGAUCUGCUGCAUUCUCACUACACUUUUAAAAAAAGGGUUCUUCUUCUUCUUCUUCUUCUUCUUGUAAAUACGAUAUAUAUGUUUGUUUGUUUGUUUGUUUUUCCUGUUUUGCAACAGAUUUGUAAAAUUUUGCAGGAAAAAUUUUGUUACAUUUUGUAAAAUGGGAGCAACUCGUCCCCCCCGAAACCCUCCGUACUUUUUCUUUAGCUUUUUUUCUCAUCUUUUAUAUUUUGUUGACGGACGUAUCGGUGCCAGCAGUGGGUUCUGUUUGUUCUCCACCUCUUUUUUUCUCGUUUUGUUCGGAACCGGAGUGGAACCACUAAAAGAAAGAGAGAGAGACGGAGCAGUUGGCAACACUUCAGUCACUUCUCCUUCAUCUCACCGGCACUGGACUUCCACUCGCCACUUCCCCGCUGCGA